CCCCCAUCCCCCAUCUCAUUCCCCCAAAGCCCUCGAAGGUUCAAUUAAGGAGAACCGGAAGCGAUUACACGCCCGGAGACCCUCUCCCCCCCCCUCCACACAUCUUAUCACAAUGGAGAUGCGCUCCCUAACGAACUGCCUCCGGUCGAGGCCGACAUCUCUCCUCUACAAGCAACAACCGACCCUCCUCGCCACCCAAUUCAUCAACAAACCCUCUAUUCGCACCUAUGCCAGCAAACCCAAGGCUCCUGCUGCACCCAGAAAUGCUCAAUCUCAACCCACAACGCAAGCGUCCUCGGACUUUGACGAGAUCCUCUCCAAACUCAACAUCAACAACCGCGAAGCCGCCGAAGGCUCGCUGCGCAACCGCUCCGAAGAUACGCUCUCACUCGCCCGUGCAGUCGGCAUGUCCGCGGAAACGGAGAAUUACCGGACUCCUGUACGGCGGGUUGAGUUGAAGUUGGGGCCUACUCUUGGUCGUCAGGUGCAUGUUGAGCCGGAGAAGGGUACCGAUUUGGCGAGUGCGCUGCGGAUAUUGCACUUCAGCUGUAACGCGAAUAAAGUCAGAAACCAGGCCCUUGGCCAGAAGUUCCAUAUCAGACGGGGCCAGGUGAGGAAGAACUUGAGGAUCCAUAGGUGGAGGAAGUUAUUCAACUUCUCGUUCAAUAAGACGGUUUCUCGGAUUGAGAAGAUGAGGGCACAGGGGUGGUAAUUAGUUCCUCGGUCUUAAUGGGGUGUCACCAUGGUUUGGAUGGGUGUGUAUACAAAAUGGAAUUUUGUCCUGAUCGACGUCGAAAGGCGAUCGCACGCUAUCAUACUCACCUGAAGCGGAUGUCCUUUCUGUCAUGUAUACUACGUCACUUGAUUAGUACUUGGAGUUAGCUGGCUACAAUCAGAAUGGGAUCUAUAUC